AAACAGACCGGAUCAGGUGAAAGUUUUCCCUCCGUGUGCACUGUGGAGGUAUAAAACCACUGCUGGGGGUGGAGACAUCAGCAGCUUGCUGUCUAAUACUGAAGACCACUGCUACAUUAUAAAGACACUGCUGCUGCUUGCAAUCACACUGUUGCCACACAUUUACAACAACAACACUGACUUUGGAUCUUUUGACAUUCCACCAUGUGUAAAGGACUUGCAACACUACCGGCAACAUGCUUGAAAAGUGCCAAAGACAUCAAGCACAAAAUAAGUUUCUUACUUCAAAAGCCUGAACACCAAGCAGCGGAUCAGAAGCAGAUGAAAGAGAAGACUGCCGCUGCCGCUGCCGCCGCAAAGAGAACAAGACUUCUCCCUGAGCGAGACUCGGUUAGACACAAUAACAAACAGACCGGAUCAAGCAAAAGGGUGCCUACUGCAGCUGAGGUAGAGAAAUGGAAGGAGUCUUUCAGCCACGUGAUGAACAGCGAGACGGGUCGUACGGUCUUCACCAGCUUCCUGAAAUCAGAGUUCAGCGAGGAGAACAUUGACUUCUGGCUCGCCUGCGAGGACUACAAGAAGAGCACGACUUCAAAGUUGGCGACCAGAGCCAAGCAGAUCUACCAGCAAUACGUUGAGGCUGAUUCUCCUAAUGAGGUAAACCUAGACGCAGCCACCAGAGAAGAAACGAGACAGAACAUGGAGAACGCCUGCCCCUCUUGUUUCAACGAGGCUCAGAAGAUGAUCUACAUUUUGAUGGAGAAAGACUCCUACAGGCGUUUCCUCAAUUCCAAACUGAUCCAGGAUCUGUCUCAGACACACUCCGACAUCGCUCAGAUGAAGAAGAAGAAGAGUAACUGUGACUGUACCGAGAACAGGCAGGCGUUAGCAGGUGGCGCCUAAACAGGAAGAAAGAAGGGAAGGCUAGAAGGAAGUGCCAAAGACUGAAAACGUAUAUGACAGACAGACACUGGUAAAGAUCGGUUUGUUUUGUGGAGAGUGUUUAGAGUUUAGGGAAAUUCGGUGACUUACAAGGUAACUUAAAGGUGACUUAAAGGUUAAUGUGAAAUGUUGUUCUUUUUCGAUCAUUUGACUCCUGCUUCCCAAGGACUCACAAACUAUACAAGGCAGGGUUGUUUUUUUCUGUAUUAAAUUUAGUAAAAGUUAAAUGUUUCAGUGUCUCAGUGGUUAAUAGUGACAGAUUAAACAUUUGAUAGUUUAAUGUACAAUAUAAAUACACAGGACGUGUAAAUGUUUGCAUUAUGAAUGCUUAGCUUUUGCUUCUGUUUUCACUGCAAAACAUAACCUGCUCAUGGCCAGGUUAUAUUGAUAGUCAUAACAGAAAACAAUCCAGAACUACCUCUGCCCAAAAGACACACCUUCAAACAACAUUUUGCAUUUGGUCAAGGGAACAGUGUUGACAAUUUGUUUUAUCUGAGUAAUGACAAUGUAGACUGUCUGUAUAUCUUUUAAGUAGUUUAUCAAGUUAUUUUUAAGAUUAGACAGUUACUUAUGGCCGUAAGCAAUCUAGUAUACUCAUACUUUUAAACAGUGCCAUCAUAUUGACUCAGACAGUUUAAGGCUUUACAUUUGCUAAAAUUUUAACUUUCUACUGCGUACUUGAUACAUAUUUGUACAGCAUCUCAAAACUUUGUCAUGGAAAUGACUGCCCAUGCUCUACAGACAUACUGACAUGAUCUCUACACUGUGCAAAUGUUGCCUCUGUGCAUUUCUAGUUGGAAUUUGAAGAAUGCUUUAUAUUUUAGUGCAGUAUUGAUUUCCUAUUGCAUGCCACAGUGUUACCAAACAUAAGGAGAAAUAAUGAAACUCAUGGUGAUUCAUUUGAUUGAUCCCCUCUAAGUCUAAACUGUCUUGUUCAGAUGUUUAUUACUGUUUGUUUCUGCAGGGUACACAAUAGUGUAUUCACUUUAAUAUCUUUUGGUGGCCUUGCAUACUAAAAUGUUUUAUUAAAAUGUAUAAUGUGAUUGAUUGCAGGCUAGAUACUGUAUGUAGAAAUUAAUUAAAUUA